GCAGCUCUUUUGUUACCGCUUAAUGGAUGAUGAGCUAUAAAACCAACGCAACUUGUUGUGGGGGCAACAACAAGUGUUUGAACAACAUGCAGUUGACCACGUUAACAGGCAAUAUGCUCGCCUUGAUGCUCCUUUUCACGGUGGUCGCAACGCACACCACGACGACCACGAGAGCACCACCGGAAUUGAUCACCAUUCUGCCACCGCAUUGGCCCAUCUGCCGCUUGCCUCCGGUGUGUGUGGCACGGAGUCCUCGAGUCUGUGGCCGCACCUCGGAUGGCAUGUGUCGUCGCUUUGCCAACAUCUGUGAGCUGCUCGAGGCGAAUCGUAGCGAGCCGUUGGGCUCUAGGACAUGGAGACAUGCGCCCGCCAAGGAUUGUCGCCGUGUGCGUGAGAUUGGAGCUCAACAUGAGUAUUGGUGCUACGAGGAUUGCCCGAGCGCUGCAGUCAACUGUCCACGCACCUCAGCCGAUGCGGAGAUCUGUGUGCGAUCGCGCAAUCAGCAGGUCUGCAAGGUGGUGGCCAAUCGCUGUCAGCUGCUGAACAACAAUUGCUUCUCGCGGCCACGUCACAACUGGGAACAGACGGAUAAACGUCGUUGUGAUCGUAUGCAGCUGGGCGACAAACCGCAUGCCUGUCGUGCCUUGCCCCAAAUUGUGGUGACGCCAGCAACAACAACGGAGUCCACCACAACUUCUACAACCUCUACAACAUCCACAACAACAACAACGACGACGACGACUCAGCGGCCGACGACUUCAGAGCCGCCGAAGGAUAAUCGCACAACUACAGUCAGAUCCUAGAUUUUUAGACUGCUUUUUCCCAUUGUGUUUUUUUUUUUUUUGGCAUAAAUCAAUUUUCAUAAUAAACUGAAAAUGUAACAGAUUAUCGUA